GCAGGGAGCUGGUGACCAGGAAGCAGAACAGCGCCGGGGCUGCCGGACCCCAGCGGAGCUCGCUGCCCCACGCCGCCGCCCCCCCGGGGGGUGGGAGGCCGGUCCUGCCGCCUCCCCGCGCUCGGGGGCCGGGGCGGCUGCGGAGCGCAGCGGGAGGCGGCGGCGCUGCUGCUAAGCCGCUUAGGGCCGGGGCUGGCAUGAGCCGCUCCGGCGGGGCGGCUGCGGGCUGCGCGCUGCGGCGGGGAGGCUGAGGGCGCGGAGCCGCCGGCGGUGCGGGCUGGCGGCCCGUCCCUGAGGAGGCGGAGGGGGAGCCCCCGCUCCCCGGGGAGAAGAUGGGGAACUGCCUCAAGUCCCCCACCUCGGAUGACAUCUCGCUGCUCCACGAGUCCCAGUCAGACAGAGCCAGCUACGGGGACGGGGCUGAGCCGGAUCAGGAGCCGCCGCCGCCAUAUCAGGAGCAGGUCCCCGUUCCUGUGUAUCACCCCACGCCCAGCCAGACGCGGCUGGCGACGCAGCUGACCGAGGAGGAGCAGAUCCGGAUAGCGCAGCGCAUCGGCCUCAUCCAGCACCUCCCCAAAGGCGUCUACGACCCCGGGCGAGACGGCUCUGAGAAGAAGAUCAGAGAGUGUGUCAUUUGUAUGAUGGACUUUGUUUACGGGGACCCUAUCCGAUUUCUGCCAUGCAUGCACAUUUACCACCUGGACUGUAUAGAUGACUGGUUGAUGAGAUCCUUUACCUGUCCAUCCUGCAUGGAGCCGGUGGAUGCAGCGCUGCUGUCCUCCUACGAGACUAACUGAGCCCGGGGGUCUCCACCGAACCUUCGACCAUCCACGUCAAUGGGUUUGAUCCUUUUGUCAUUCAGCCCAAAGAGCCAGGAAUUAGGAAUUAAGAUCAUGCACAAAGUACACAUUUCCUAAGAAAUAAAAAAAAUAUUCCUGAAUGGCUGCAAAUAUUGGAAAAAACAUAGUAUUUUAGAGACUAUAGAAAAAGUAGGUUGUUAUUUUUAAUGUAAAGCCUUGACCCACCAUUGUCUUUUAAUGUUUGUUCUUACACCCGUAUAUAGGAAUUGUGUAAAGUGUUACGGCAACUGUAAAUGUUUAAACUGCGUGUAUCCGAUUUUAUUAGCAGCAAGGUAAGAGUAUUUUUUUCCUAAAUAAAGUAACCAGUUUUGUUCUGAUUCUUUUCACAAGUCCUGGCAUUUGGGUCAAGGCUUUAUUGAAAUCUACAUUUUAUAACACUGGCACAAAGAAAUAGUUUUAAGCUUGUUUGCACAGUUCUUUUUUCUUUUUUUUCCAUUGGAGAUGGAAUUCAUUGCCUUAGGUCUUUUUAAUAGUGUAUUGUUAUUGUUGGGCUGGCUCUAUGCUUGAAAACCAGUUUAUUUAUAACCUGUUUAAAGUGCUAUAUUUUGUUUGCAGUUAGGAAUACGCAGACUUCAAAGUGAUCUCCUAGCUUGUAAGCAAACUGAGAUGCAUUAUCCCUUUUCUACAAGUGAUGUGGAAUAUGAAGAUAGGAAACAAGCCCUAUCGUGAAGUUGCGGCUUCAUGGUUUUGUAGGCCUUAAACUUUGUCACAGGUUAAAAGUGGGCCAGAUGGUCAAUAAAUAGUUAAGCUACCAUGACUGAAGAAAAAUACCCCAAAAUUGGAACUAAUGUACUGUUAGCACUGAUCACUUACUCUACUUUUUUUCUCCCUAAAAAUGGUUGUCUUGGAUCCUAGCAAAUGGAUACGGCAUCUCUCAUUCCUGUAGUUCUUAGGUUACCAGAAGUUAAGAAUAAACAUACUGUAUCUCA